AUGUGAUCGUCAAGUCAAUGAGUCGUUCUGGAAACAAAGCAGAGCUUAAAAUCGGUCCUGUGCAAUAUGGCUUGAUCAUGACGCUUAUGGCGUAUUGCUAUUGGAAACGAGUCGAAGCGAUUUUUGUCAUCAUGACUCUGUCAUUUGGUGAUGGAUUCGCUGCUCUCUUGGGUAGCAUCUCUGCAAACACCAAGAAGCUUUGGUGGAACAGCUCUAAAUCGUGGAUGGGUUUGAUUAGUUAUAUCAUCUUCAGCGCUGCCGGCAUCAUCGGCGUGUGCUGGUAUUUCACCGAAGAGAAUUUAAUGUACAUUUCAGACAAAAAUUACAUUCAAAACGCGCUGAUUGUGUCGGUAGUUUGUGGACUGAUUGAAACGUUAACGAUCCACAACUACGACAAUGUGACAAUUGCAGUCAUGGCCGUUUUGACGUACUAUUAUGUGAAAUGAGGAGUUCAA